GAGAAGUUCAGAGUUCGGACACGAGAUCUGUUCAAUUCCCGUUGUAGGAUUAGAAAGAGCGUAGAGCCGUAGACGAACCAUUCAAAUUUGACCACAUUGACAAACGACUUAUUUAUCAUCUCCUUAUUUUACCACAAUGUCCCCCAAGUGCCUAAGAUGCCCCCGCUAAGCUCUCACUCUCUCCUUCUUCAAACCCAGGGAUGCCAUGGUAAAACACUUCCAAGGGGAGGAAUCCUAUACUUUUCAACGCAAAAACCUGUUCUCUGCGCUUUUCAUCUGUAGAUGCAAAAACCAUCCUCAUGUCAAUGCACGAUUCUUAACGUACACCCUUCCCCGCGGUUUCCUUGGAUCCGAUUCCAUUCCUCUUCAUGUCAUGUCUCCAAGACCCAUUUCUUCUCUUCCCGUGAUUGGUUCGUUUCCACUGUUCUGUACCCCCGCCUCUGAAUCUAGCGCAUUCGGGAAAUAACGCUCACUGCGCUUCCUUCUACAAUGGAUAUUUCUUGUCGGCUCUUGGUCUUUUCGAUAUUUCUUUGCUUUUUGGCAUCUGGGUCUUCCUCUGUUGAGAUUUUUCACCAAGCGUUUCCUAUUGUGGAACCUGAUCCUGGUCAUACAAAACUUCGUCUUGCAAGGGAAGGACUGGAGGUCAUUGAGAGGAUAACAACUCCUAUUGCAGCUGUUGCUGUUAUCGGGCCAUAUCGCUCCGGAAAAUCUUUUUUGCUUAAUCAACUUCUCUCCCUCUCAUGUUAUGAAGGCUUUGGUGUUGGACACAUGCGUGACACAAAAACAAAAGGGAUAUGGGUUUGGGGAACCCCUGUUGAAUUAGAUAUUGAUGGGGUUAGAACUUCUGUCUUUUACCUUGAUACAGAGGGAUUUGAAAGUGUUGGGAAGUCUAAUGUAUAUGAUGACCGGAUUUUUGCUCUGGCAAAUGUUAUGAGUUCUGUGCUCAUCUAUAACCUGCCUGAGACGAUUCGUGAAGCUGAUAUCUCUCGUCUCUCAUUUGCUGUUGAGCUUGCUGAAGAAUUUUAUGGGAGUACUGAGAUUAACUUGUUUUCUGGUCUGAUUUACAACAAACAUCACUUGGUAAACAGAGUGAAGGGACAAGAUGUUGCCUUUGAACCUUCUAAGCUUUUGUGGCUUAUCCAGCGUGAUUUUCUACAAGGGAAGUCUGUGCAAGAAAUGGUGAAUGAAGCUCUUCAACAUAUCCCCAAUGUUGAUGGGGACAAAAAUAUUGAGCUGGUUAAUCAAAUCCGCGAUUCAUUGGCUAUUAUGGGUGAUAACAGCACGGCGUUUAGCUUACCACAACCUCAUCUGCAACGAACAAAGCUUUGUGACAUGAAGGAUGGUGAACUUGAUCCUAUAUAUGUUAAGAAGCGUGAGCAAUUGAAAGAGCUUGUUGCUGGCAUUAUCCGUCCGAAGAUUGUCCAGGGUAAAACUCUAAAUGGAAAGGAGUUUGUAUCUUUCCUGGAGCAGAUACUUGAAGCCUUGAAUAAAGGGGAGAUCCCAUCAACAGGCUCUCUUGUGGAGGUUUUCAAUAAAGGUAUUCUUGAGCGGUGUUUGAAGCUAUACAGUGAAAAUAUGGCCAAAUUACAUUUACCUCACACGGAGCAAGAUCUGCAAGAUGCCCAUGAGAGGUCUAGAGAGGCAGCAAUGCAAGUUUUUGAUGAGCAGCAUUUUGGCCGACAUCAUGCGAAGAAAUCAGGCGUGCAACUGGAUGAGGAAAUACAGAAGGUGUAUAAAAAUGUUAUUAUGGCAAAUGAAUAUCAAUCCUCAAAACUCUGCGAGGCACUGUAUACCAGAUGCGAGGACAAAAUGGACCAGCUUCAAGUUCUCAAGCUUCCUUCCAUGGCAAAAUUCAAUGCAGGUUUCCUUCAGUGCAACCAAAGUUUUGAGCGCGAGUGUGUUGGACCUUCAAAAACAAACUAUGAGCAACGCAUGAUGAAGAUGUUGGGGAAGUCACGAUCUCUAUUUAUCAAGGAGUACAACCACAGGCUCUUCAAUUGGUUGGUGGCAUUCUCGCUUGUUAUGGUAGUCGUGGGCCGGUUUAUCAUCAAGUUUAUUUUGAUUGAAAUUGGGGCGUGGAUACUCUUUAUCUUCUUAGAGACAUACACAAGGAUGUUUUGGUCAGCAGAGUCGCUUUACUACAACCCAGGUUGGCAUUUCAUAGUUGCCACUUGGGAAAUGCUUGUUUACAGCCCUAUUCUGGAUUUGGACAGAUGGGCUAUUCCCGUUGGUUUAAUGCUGGUGAUAUUGAUACUAUAUUGCCGUUGUUACGGGCGAAGAAAACACGGGCAACAUUGGCUAUUACCUUUGUACAACAAUCAUAGAAGUGGCCCGAAUCGAGCAAGAUCAGAUUAAAAGUACAACGACUGCAUGCUCAAGCCUCUAGUAUGCUCCUGUUCUAUCGUCUUCUCGGGCGAGCUUUCCUUUUGUUUUUUAUACAUGAAGCCCGCCAAUCUAUUCUUUGAGUCUUCAAUGCCGAUUAUACUGCAGAACCAUGAAGAGGUGAAAGAUCGUUGGCCACUCUGAUAAGUCUGCAACUGUAGCAUCUCCCCAGUGGUUUGCAUUCAUGUUCAUUAUUUCAUGUCUUAUUAUUUCACAGCUGUUUCUGUUAAAUCACUUAGUAAAUUAGAAUGUAAUACCUAGGAAGGAGAAGAAAGAAGAAAAGAGAAGAAAAGUUGUUUCAAAUGAAUAACUUGCUUUGAAUUCUUUUGAUCAUUGAUUGGGUCAGAUGAAUUACAUGAUGAAACAAGAUGUCUUUCUUCUUCUUUUACAUGUAUAUAUAUAGAUAUACUUGGGUCUCUA